AUGCAGGCCAUAAAGCAAGGCUUCGCAGGACCAUCCAUGGCCUUGUCUCUCAACCGCGCUCUCGGCAUCGCACAAUCCUCUAUACCUCCCCAGUACACUUCGCAGAUCAACAUGGGCGACGUUACCACCUCUGAACCCUCUCUUCUCCACCUUGCCGGCGGUACGGUCCGGGGCACCAUUGAAGAGCACGGCGUGCGUCGUUUCCUCAACAUCCCUUACGCUGCCGCUCCUGUCGGUCCCAACCGCUUCGCCGAGCCUGCUCCGCCAGCCGCAUGGGAGGGUGAGCGCGACGGUACCAAGUUUGGCCCCACGGCCCCUCAGCGUCCUUACGACAGUGAGCUGGGCAAGCUGCUCAACUCGGACGGUAUUCCCGGCGAAGACAUUCUCUCGGUCAACAUCUGGACGCCAGCCAGCGCACACAAGCGUCCCGUCGCCUUCUGGAUUCACGGUGGAGCCCUCGAGCGUGGUUCCUCGGCGCAGCCAGUGUACGACGGCGCUGCAUUCGCCCGCGACGGUAUUGUCUUCGUGUCCAUCAACUACCGUCUUGGUGCUGAGGGAUUCUCAAUCCUGGAGGGCGCGCCUACCAACCUUGGUCUUCACGACUGUGUUGCCGCGCUCAAGUGGGUGACCCGCGAGAUUUCCGCUGCUGGUGGCGACGCCAGUCGCAUCACCGUCUUUGGCGAGUCUGCCGGCGGCGCCCUCGUCGGCGGCCUCCUCGCCCUUCCUGAAGCGCGCCCUAUGAUUGCGAACGCUAUUAUCCAGUCUGGCCCUCUCGAGGCUCAGCCCCAGCGCAAGGCGGCUCGUGUUACACGCGCUCUGGCCCGGAUCCUCAAGACUCCGGCCACGCGCGAGGCGUGGUGCGGCCUCACACAGGAGGACCUCGUGGGCGCUCGCAGGACGCAGGCCAUCGGUACCACCGCCAUGAGCACCGUCCCAGGCUUUGUCCUCACCGUCGAUGACCAGCUCCCCGUGUCUCCACACAAGAAGCUUUGCGACCCCGCCACCGACAAGGACAUCCCCUUGCUGAUCGGCUCCACCACCGACGAGUACCGCCUGUUCCUCACUCCCGAGCAACUUGCCAAGAUCGGUUGGGCUGCCUACACCGCCGCACGCUGGUUCUUGUGGUGUCCCUACAGUGCCACGUUGGCUCUGUGGCGAAACUUCCCCGGUGCGAGCUAUGGCGAGAUCCUCGGCCAGAUGCUCACCGAGCACGUCUUCCGCCUCCCCGCCGUCCGCGUCGCCGAGGCCAACCCCACCACCACUUGGAUGUACGAGUUUGCCUGGAACUCGCCCGUCCGCGACCUUCGCGCCGCGCACGCUCUGGAGAUUGGCUUUGCCUUCGACAACCUCAACACGCACGAGGCGCUCAACCUCGCUGGCAAGGACGCGCCGCAGCACCUCGCCGACGAGAUGCACGCUGUGUGGAUCCGUUUCAUGAAGACUGGCAAGCCUGGCUGGGAGGCGUACGGCGCCGAGAAGAACGUGCGCGUGUUCAAUAACGAGAGCUCGACUCAGCCGCUCCCCCGUGCCGACAUUAUUGCGGGCAUGGGUUUCAAGCCUUGA